GCUUGAGCGUUCUUUGGCCAGCAUUGUUCACGAGGUCCUCAAGCUCGACGACCAGAUCCAGCUCAGCCAGAUGACCAAGAGCCAGCUGUCCUCAGUGCCGUACGACCCCACGGUGACCACCAAGCCUCAGAAGCUGCCCGCCCACGCGAAGCGGCGGCACAUGGAGUCGUACCGGCCGGCCAUGAAGGCCCACCUCAUCUGA